AGUUCCUGUGUUUACAUAAAUAUCAAACAAAGCGCUUAUAAAACAUCUGUGUAACAACAGCUACAAAUGCCAAAGCAUACUUUAAUUGGUGGCGGCACUGGAUUUAUUGGUCGUCAUUUGGCCAAUCAUUUAACCAAGCAAGGCCAUGAAGUCACCGUUAUUUCGCGUAUGCCUGGCACAAAGCGCAUCACCUGGCAUGAACUAGAGAAGAACGGUAUUCCAAGUGGCGUUAACUCUGUGGUGAAUGCCACUGGGCAGAAUACUUUGGAUCCGACAAGGCGUUGGACGCCUGGCUUUCAGCAGAACGUUUGGAACUCGCGCGUCAACUCCUCCAAAACGCUAUACAAUGCAGUUAAAGCUUCGCCACAGGUGGAAUCUUUUGUCAACAUUUGCGGCGUGAGCCAUUAUCAGCCUUCUGCCACCAAAGUGUAUACCGAGGACGACAAAGUGGAGGGCUAUGAUUAUAUGUCGCGAUUGUGUAUGGCCUGGGAGCAGGCAGCUGGCUUGGGUGACACUGAUGAAGCCGCUUGCAAAGUUGCUGUAGUACGCACAGGAGCCGUAAUUGGGCGCAAUGGAGGCAUGAUACAAUCAAUAUGGCUGCCUUUCAAACUUGGAGUAGGCGGACCGCUGGGUAGUGGCGAGCAAAUAAUGCCUUGGAUACAUAUCGAGGAUCUUGCAGGGCUCAUACGUCAUCUUAUUGAAAAGCGAGAAUCGGGCGCCUUUAAUGGCGUGGCGCCAGAAAUUGUAACUAACAAAGGCUUUUCACAGGCCUUUGCCAAGGCGCUCAAUCGUCCCUGCAUAUUUAAUACGCCUGAAUUUGUAGUUCAUGCCAUCUUUGGCAAGGAGCGUGCUGCGAUAGUCCUGACUGGCGCCAAGGUGCAGCCCAAGCGUACUUUGGCCUCUGGCUUUCAGUACAAGUAUCCGAAUGUAAAAGCUGCCGUAACCGAGAUUGUGGGAAAAUAAGCACAACAGUUAGAUAUACCAAAAAAAAACUCAAAUGUUUGAUAUUGGCAAAUAGUAAUUAUAUUUUUAAUUUAAAUUAAUUUUUAGUAUAUAGCUUGACCAAAUUAGACGAGAGCAAACUAUAAAUGGAGAUGUGUAUAUAUGAACUUGUAUAUGAAUUUUUGUGACUUUUAUUAUAUUUUUUCGAAUUUGAAUACUUUGUUGUGUUAAAAUCAUUAACAGCAGCAGUGACCUGACCUAUUAUAAUUUCUAUACAGAUGCUACUAAAUGCGUAAUCUUGUAAAAGAUUUGUUUAUUUCUGUCUGUGGUUCACCGUUCUGUACAAUAAAUGGUUAAUUAUUCACACAAUAAGCCA